AUGACCUUCCUGAUGAUAUACAGGACAAGAUCCUGCGAAUCGUUCCACUUCAAUGACCUUCCUGAUGAUAUACAGGUCAAGAUCCUGCGAAUCGUUCUGGUCUCAUCGGAGGCGCUGGUUCACCAACUAAACAAGACCUGUCGUUCCGCUUCAAUGACCUUCCUGAUGAUAUACAGGUCAAGAUCCUGCGAAUCGUUCUGGUCUUAUCGGAGGCGCUGGUCUUCACCAACUAAACAAGACCUUCUGUCGUUCCGCUUCGAUGACCUUCCUCAUGAUAUACAGGACGACAUCCAGGCCGAGAAUCGCGCCCACCGUCUCGGCCAGAAGCGAGAUAUUGAAAUCAUCCGUCUCAUCGCAUCAAACAUCUACAAGGCAUGUCAGAAGAAGAUCGAGCUCGCAUCCUCCUCAUCGCAUCAAACACUAUUGAGGAGCUCAUCUACAAGGCGUGUCAGAAGAAGAUCGAGCUCGCAAACAAGGUCACAGGUCAAGACCCUCCAAAUCGUUCUGGUCUUUAACGGAGAGCCCAAAGACCUAUCAUUCCGCUUUAAUGACCUUCCUGAUGAUAUACAGGUCAAGAUCCUCCAAAUCGUUCUGGCCUUUAACGGAGAGCCCAUACAUGCCACCUCUCGACUAGACCCCUACUACGAGCCACAAUCGGAUGAUCUUAAUGGAGACAACGACGGAGACAAAGUCUUGACUGCACUUGAAAUGGUGAGUUAG